AUUUUCUUUCUCAAGUGUAGCUCUUUCAUGUUGAACAAUCAUCGACCUAUAGUGGGUGCAGUAUAGCCUCACAGUUCUCCAACCUGCAGAUCCCUGCCGGAGCUCUCUUGAGCUUCCUCACCACCGCCAAAGCUCCAUAUCGCCCCUCUACCCUCGCCUCGAAUACCACCCAAAAUGUCCACCUCAAUAGCCCAACUCAAACACCUGCUUCUCCACCGCCUCCCCCAUCGAACCGACACCUUCCUCACCCACCUCUCCCGCCUCCUCUCCACCGCCUCCGGCCGCGACGCUCUCCUUUGCACAGCCUUCUACACCCUCGCCUUCACCCACGCCCAACUCCUCCGCAUACUGAGUCGCAAGUACGAAAACCUCGCCGAAACCAUCGCACAAAAUGCCUCAAAAUCUCUCCUCCCGGGGGAAGCCUUCGUCGCAACAAUCGAGCCUCCACACCUCCAGCUCACAGAAACUUGCGUCGCAGUCAAGAGCCUCGGAGACGCAAUCGAUGAAGUCCGAACAUUUUGGCGAUUACGCGGGUUAGUCGAUAUUUACGCCGCAGCGAGGGAAAAUUAUUUGCGGCCGAGCCGGGACCCCGUCUUGAAGAGUAUUGUUUGGGCGAAGAUUUUGGCGCAGACGGGGUAUCAGUUUUAUGAGAAUGCGGCGUAUUUGGUGAAGAAGGGAGUGUUGAGGUCGGAGCGGUUUGCGAAGAGGGAGACUGGGUGGUGGACAGUGAGUUCGCAGUUUUGGUUUGCGGAUGUGUUGUUGGAGUUUGUGAGGUUGGCGAGGGUGAGGCAGUUGAGGUGGAAUGAGGAGUUUGGGGCACAACAGGUGGAGAAGGAGGGUGUGGUGGGGGUGAAGAGUCAGGAGUUGGAGGAGAAGUGGUGGUUGCAGUUGUAUUCGAAUUUGGGUUGGUUCCCGAAUGCGGUGCACUGGGGGUGGUAUGAUGGGUGUGAGGAGAGUCCGAUGAAUGAGACGAUGAUUGGGUUGACGGGAUUUGUGCCUGGAUUCAUCAAUCUAAGAGCGGCGUGGGAGGCUACGGCGUGAGCGAAGUCGGCCUUCGAUAGAAAGCAGACGAGACUCCCAUGAGCGAGAAGUGAAGCCCAACGCCCAAGCUGGAACGCUUAGGGCGCAGAGCAUAUGUCCCAUUCAGGCAUUAUGUUCGCCCACGAAGGGUAUAGAAACGACAAGUCGGCCAGUUUUGCAACAACGGAGCUCAGAACAAAUGCUUCAUAAUGAAGAUUUACCUUCGAACGAGCUGCGAUGAGCUACGCCUCGACGACCGAGGCAAUCAUGUGGCAUGUCUCAAUGUCCAUCGGAACAAUCAGCACAGCCGCAACCACAGAAUCAGCACAAGACGAGGAAUAUCGAUUAUCGAAUUGCUUCGAUCAUACUACAAAUAUCUACACCUCCUCUCACCUCCACCAACAAAGAUCUUCUACUUCUUCGCAGCCGUAUCCUGCCCUUCAUCAUUAUUCUUUGCACUCCUCGUCUUUCUCGUUUGUUCCUGGUUCUCGCUUCCACCUUCGGUCUCUUUAUUGCUUCCUACAUCUCCUGCUGGGAUCUUUUGAGCUGUGGUAGACGUGAGGCGAUCUGGGCCAUCUGCAACUGAAGGUUAGCGAAAUGUGAAGGACGA